UUAAGAAAAAUAUAAAAUGGGUUUGUUUUACAGUCUGCCGUGUUUCCGGCCCACGUUGUUGAGGCGUUUUCGUUUUAAGAGUCAAUUGGCAGAAAAGAUGGAGGAGUCGUCAUCUAAAAUAAAAGUGCUGUUGUGUGACAGGAGUUUGGGGACAAACAGACAGAGGUGGAAGUGGCCCUUCCGCUGCCGCGUAGCCACACAUCUGCUUUGGGGGCGAGUUUCUUUUUUUACAUGAGGGAUGCAGGGGUGGCACUUUGGGACCUUAAAUAGGAAUGGUUUCAAACGCCAGAACAACAGAGCAUCCUCCACACUUAAACUUCAGCAGGUUACAGGAAAACAACAGUCUGCUUCGGAAUGGACGUCUACAAGCGACUAGUGCUGAGGGACUCUGUGUUGGCGCUUCUCCUUGCUCUUCUGCGGGUGAUUCCUUUCGGUGAAUCAGCUGCGAACCCAUCUCCUUUAGUGGGCUCCAACUGGGGAAACCCGAGGAGAUACGUCCACCUGCAAACAUCCACGGACCUUAACAACUUCUACUUGGAGAUUCGGGAGGACGGAUCUGUGCGCAAAAGCACAGUCAGAGGCGCAUACAGUGUGAUUUUACUUAAAAGUGAAACAAGAGAGCGUGUUGCGAUCCUCGGCAUCAAAAGCAGUCGCUAUCUUUGUAUGGACGCAGAGGGCACUCCUUUCAGCUCUCCCAUCUGUCUGCGGGAUGACUGCCUCUUCAACCAUAGGCUCCUGGAAAACAAUCGAGAUGUGUACUACUCGAGCCGGACGGGCCUUUUGUUCAACUUGGAGGGGUCUAGACAGGUGUUUGCCGCCGGACAGAACCUGCCUCAGACCUCGCUGUUUCUGGCCAGAAAGAAUACUGUGCCGCUUGAGCGUCUGAUGCUGCACCGGGAGAAGAGAAACCAAUUGGUGGAUCCCUCAGACCCGCACAACGUCUACGUGGUGCACACGGAGGAUGGGGCUGACUCGCGCGCAGUACCUGAGCUGGACGAUGGCGAGCUUGAGCUGGAGGUUGAGACGGAGGCCGGGGACGACGGCCGCAACGUGUCUCGUGAGACACCGCUGAUUCCAAACGUUCACGACCCAUGGAACGUGCACGCGGUAAACCCGAGCAGCCCCAGGAGUGCGGGCACCAUGGGCUGA